AUGAAUAUCCGCCAAGCGGGGGUGGAUGACUUGCUAGGAAUGCAAAACUGCAAUUUGCAUAAUCUUCCUGAGAAUUAUACCAUGCGAUACUACUUUUACCAUGCACUUACGUGGCCGCAACUCUCGUAUGUUGCCGAGGACGAGAAGGGUAACAUUGUCGGAUAUAUCCUGGGGAAAAUGUAUGCACGCAUUGUGUCCAAGCUGAUCCACAGGGAAGAGGAGCCUGCAGAUGGCGUCCCCAACGGACAUGUGACGAGUAUUUCCGUACUCCGAUCCCACCGCCGUCUGGGUCUGGCCAACAAGCUGAUGAGUCUCAGUCAAAUUUCCAUGCGCGAUACGUUUGGCGCGCAUUUUGUUUCGCUGCAUGUUCGCGAGACAAACCGUGCGGCGAUUGGACUCUACACUCAGUCGCUGGGAUUCCAGGUGCAUGGUGUAGAGCACAAAUAUUACGCUGAUGGAGAAAACGCAUUGGCGAUGCGGCUUCAACUGAAGUAA